AUGUCGAACGUAGAAAGUGAAAAUAUUCUACAGGAAAACUCAUCAACACCGUUUGUAUUAAUCUCUGACAUAAUAUACAAUAUAUUGCUGCAUCUUGCUCCAAACACAUACGACGUUCAAUAUCAUCAUGAAGGAUUCAAGGAUAUAUAUCAGUGUCUGUUCAUAAAUCGUCAAUGGUGCCAUCAAACGAUUCCAUUUUUAUGGCGUCAACCAUUUAAUCCGCCAAAAGGUGGCGAUUGCCAACGACAACUUUGUAUCUUAAUGUCAUUUCUUUCGCCGUCACUUGUUUCAAGCCUUCGUGAUGAACACAAUAUUGAUUUACAACAGUCAUCUUCGUUAUUAUAUAAUGACGACUCGGGAAAUAAGCCAAUUUUUUAUUAUCCAGCAUACAUAAAGUAUUUGAAUUAUGGUGAUCUACUUAGAAUAGUUGAUAAAUUCAUUUUAACUACAGAUGCGAAACUGUUGACAGCAAGACCUGCAUUAAUCGAUGCAUUAUUACGUACAUUCAUUGAAUAUGGAGCAAAAUUAAACUUUCUGGAAUUCAAAGGCGGAAAUAGUCUUUAUCUCAGUAAUUAUUUGAUUCUGACACAAGAAAAAUUAAUUCCGUUUUUCUCAGAGACUAAAAAACUUGAGUUAUCCAGAGCUUCAAAUAAGAACGAACUGAUUCUUUAUUUGUCUAGAGCAUGCCAAUAUUUAACAACUAUUUCAAUCAAAAUACAAGAUGCCGAUUACACAAGUAAUUCAGACAGCGAAAUUAUCAAAAAUACAGCAAAACUUGUUCGUGCUCAAAAAGGACUCCGGAAACUGACAAUAGACUCGAUCAACGGCAAAAGCAUUAACGAAAUACUUGACUCUUUAUCUACACAAACUCGUACUCUUUCAUAUCUGAAAUUUUAUAAUGUCGAUUUUAGUGAAGCUAUAUCGUGGAAUACAAUCGCAGAGUGUGAAAAUUUAGAAACUUUUAUCUUACAUUCUUGUCGAAAUGUUUCAAUGGGAUUAUGGAAUCCAUUAAUUAAAAAAGAUGUACUACCUCAUUUAAAACUUGUUGCCGGGACAAGAUUAAUGUCAUAUAACAGCGACCCAGCACUUAGAGAGUGGUUGUGGCAGAGAUCAAGACGACGUUUUUGA